UGCGGGGGGAGGGAAGCCGGGUCUCGGCUGAAGCAGGAGGCGGGGCGGGCAGGAGGCGGUGCUGCCGGCGCGGCGGAGCCCGCACAAGGAGCCGGAUACCCUGGACAGCGCAUCGUGCCCGCCGCCCGCGCACCCCGGCCACAUGGAGCAGCUAAAGGCUUUAGACCAUGAAGUAAACGAACUUGUGGACUAUAUGUUUGGACCUCGAGAUUCCAGGGUCAGAGGUUGGUUCCUGUUGGACUCCUAUCUACCCACAUUUUUCCUUACUGUAGCCUAUCUGCUUUCCAUAUGGCUGGGUACCGAGUAUAUGAAGAACAGGCCUGCCUUCUCACUCCGGGGACAUCUCCUGAUAUAUAAUCUUGGAAUCACACUACUUUCUUUGUACAUGCUCAUAGAGCUCAUUCUUUCCACUUGGGAAGGAAGCUAUAAUUUACAAUGUCAGAACCUUCACAGUGCAGGAAAAGCGGAUGUCCGGGUGGCCAAGGUGUUGUGGUGGUAUUAUUUUUCUAAAGUAAUUGAAUUCAUGGACACUAUUUUCUUUGUACUACGGAAGAAGAACAGUCAAAUCACCUUCCUUCAUGUAUAUCAUCAUGCCACCAUGUUUAACAUCUGGUGGUGUGUUCUGAACUGGAUACCUUGUGGACAAAGUUUCUUUGGACCCACCUUGAAUAGUUUUAUCCAUGUUCUGAUGUAUUCCUACUACGGAUUGUCUGUCAUUCCAUCCAUGCGCAAGUAUCUGUGGUGGAAGAAAUACCUCACUCAGGCACAACUGAUUCAGUUUCUUCUUACCAUUACACAUACCCUUAGUGCAGCUGUGAAGCCGUGUGGAUUUCCAUUUGGUUGCCUCAUGUUUCAGUCCUCAUACAUGACUACGCUGGUCAUUCUCUUCAUAAACUUUUAUAUUAAGACAUAUCAGAAAGCACCUUCAAGAACUGACAUGAAGGAGGUCCCAUCUGUGACAGAACUCAAGAAUGGUUUCCAUAAAGACUACUUGGCUAGAGCCAACGGACUUCUGACCAAUAAGAAAGCACAAUAAGUAUAACAACUCAAUAUUACAUCAUAGUAUUCCUUUCAGUUUUGCUAAAAAGAGACAAGAGACUGAGUUAUGAGACACCACUUUAGUGUAAACCCUGACUCAGUUUGGUUACCUGUAACAGUUCUUUGUAGCAGACAUUUUAUUCAUGUAUUGUGGAUUAGGUUUUUAACAAUGUGUAGCUUAAAUUCUUUGACCGAGAUCAACUUCAAAAUGAUACAAAAUGAUUUAAGGUCGAUCACUCAGAUCGAAAAUGCAAAAGGAAAAAAUUCCACAAUCUGAAAUGCUGACACAAAAAAAAUGCCUUACAAAGUAUUUCAUUGGGAAAUCCAGACAGUGGUUCUGUUUCAAUGGUAGCCUUCAAAAGUUAAGGCUCUGUUCAGACUAAAAAAAGAUUAGAACAUCCUACAGGAAAGCAAGGCACUGGAACAAGUACUUUGUAUUCCACAAAUUUCUCUCAUAGGCAUCUGGGUACUUAAGUCAGUUUUUAACUAUUUCAGCAGAGAUCACCUGCAGAAACUCAGCAGGAUAGCCAUCCCACACCAACACAUCUACCCACUAAUCACAGCCCUGCUUGGUCUACUCAUAGCAACUGCCGACACACACCAGGCCUUCAAAUGCUAUUCUUAAGAUUCCCAGAAAAACAGAUUUGCCUUCCUUAAGUCACCAAGGUGUUUUCAGCUCUGAAAAUUAACAGUUAAUUGCAGCAUAAAUUACUACUGCAGUAAAUGUACAACUUCAGCAUGCCCAGGUAGAGCAAAAGGUGUGUGGUGUCUCUAUGCACGUGGGACCCAAUCCAAAGCUUUCAUGGGAUUGGAUAAAGAUUCCUGCCUCUUUGGCCACACAUCAGCUAGGAUCAUGUCUAUACUGCAAAAUUACAGUGCCCUCUAACCCACUGCACCACAUGCUAGCUGGUAAACCAGUAGUUUGAGCAUGCUGCUGCCUGGCAAGGCAACUUUGCAGUAUAGACCCACUUUAGGAUCUAAAAGGUGUUGUGUUACAUGGUGUAAACUAGCUCAAUCCAAUUUGCCUUGUUAACACCUUGUCUUGAACCCAUUCUAGUUACCAUUCAAGACACUUGAAGGAAACUUUAUGCUUCAACAGAUUGAAAAAUCCAUAAAACAGGCUGCAACAGAUGACAUACAGUGUCUUAAACCAGGCAGUUGAAAUGAAGUGUGUAUGUAUACACACACCUCCAGACUCUGGUUUAAUCCCAUGAAAAAUGGGAUUGCUUUCCAACUCUUCAAUGAGCUAGUUUUUGAUAAGUUUAUUUUUGCUUGUAUUUUACUGUAGUGGAGUGGGGAGGGAGGGGGACUCUGAACUCAGUGUGUAUGAGGAGCUGUAGUCAAUCCUUUGGACUGACAUUACUUUGUAGUUCUCUCCAGUUCAUACUGCAAAACCCAGGAUAUGGUCUGACACAGAGAUUAAGUAAGAGUAUGUUAAAUAUGGGUGAAAAUUCAGAAGGAGCUUGCAGGUGUAGAUUUGGUAUGAGAAAUGCUGCUGGAAGUGGUGGGCACAGGAAAAAAAAAAAGCGCUUAUCAACUGAUAAAGAAGGGGGUUGCAAAGGCAACUAAACUGAAAUGCUGAGUUGUUAGACUUUUGAACUAGUGCCAAGACAGCCCUUGACACCAAAGCAGAGAAGGGAAAUGGUUGUCACUGGGCUCCUAGAGCAUGUCAAGAGAUGUGCAAUUGUAGCAUUUCCAAGCUGGCAUUAAGUUUAGCUUGCAUGGGAAUAGGGUAGAAGAGACAUGGCAGCACAAGCUUCACCAUAUGCAAGCAAGUCGAGUACAAACCAGCCCAGAGAACCUGGCUACUUAUGCAGGCAAACAGCCCAUGACAAAAGUCCGUGCUGCCACGUUUACCCUAUCAUUGCUACUGGCCAAACUCAAACUAGAACAAGGACUUAAGGCAAUAUCUUUUAUUGGACUGCAUAGUUAGAAGAGACAUAGAAAAGCUUUUGGGUACCAUUGUACCCUGUAGGUCUCAGAGACAGUGGUAUCUGAAAGCUUGUCUAUGUUCCUCCCAACUGUACAGUUGAUCCAGUAAAAAAAAAGAUAUCAUCACAAACAUUUUUGCCCCUCCCAUUUUUUCUGGAUCAUUAUGGUUACAGCAUCACCCCAACACUAUCACAGCUAGAACAAGAAUGCUUUUCCAUGCUAAAAAAUAACAUCUUCAUUCUGCUCCAUAGAGCCCCUCUGAGGCACCAGAGAGAGCACUCCAUUUAUUCUCAUGCCAUCAGAAGAAAGAUUCGAGUAGGGAGAUGAGAUUAUUAAUUAGAAAAUCUUGGAAGUUACUCUAAGAAACAGAUCAUGAGAGUUGGGGUACCAAAGAGGCUUUGUGGCCAAACAAGGGAUCCUGAGUUUAGUCUGAAUGAAAGCCAUAACCCUGUAUGUGCAAAGGAUGUGAGAAAGCAUCUUCCUGACCACACAUCUGACAGGUAGUGUGGAAAGCAUCAGCAUCCCAAGGCUUAAAGCUUUAUCGUGAAAGCCAAACUCAGACAUCCGAGGAUCAUGUUGGCAAAGCCAAAAUUACACACGCGCACACAAAUAAACAAACCACAAAAAACCCAAAAAACUUGCCUUACUUGAAAUGCUCUAAGGGCUGUUCAACAAGUGUCACUCUACAGAUCUAAAUCAUCUGGCAGACUGGAAUCAGGUAUGUUAAAACCUAUCUUAAGGUCUUCAAAAUGCUGCAACUUUGAAAAAAAUAGAAGAGGCAUCAACUUUUUAAAAUUGAUCUUCCUGUAACAAUUUAAAUAAACAAAUUUUACAAAUCA